GCUCUUCACGUCCCUCAUUCCACACCAACAGUAAUGGACUCUGACUCCGGCUCCGACUAUGGUGGCGAAGCGCCCAGCUACCCCAGAGACCUACCCAACAUUCUGAUCACUGGAACACCUGGAACGGGCAAGACCACGACUUCAGAAAUGGCUGCUGAGGCUACAGGACUUACACACCUCAACGUCGGGGACCUCGUCAAGGCAAAAUCCCUGCACGAAGGAUUGGAUGCCGAAUUCGACAGUUAUAUCCUGGAUGAGGAUAAGCUUAUUGACGAGAUGGAGGAUAUGAUGAGAUCUGGUGGAAAAAUCGUCGAUUUCCAUACGUGUGACAUCUUCCCUGAGAGGUGGUUUGAUCUUAUCAUUGUCCUGCGUACCGAUAACAGUGUCCUUUAUCCACGUCUCGAGUCUCGUGGAUACAAUCCCAAAAAGAUCAACGAGAACAUGGAGUGCGAGAUCAUGCAGGUCGUUCUCGAGGACGCGCGCGAGUCGUACGCAGAAGAGAUCGUGAUUGAGCUGCAGAGCAACAGCAUCGAGGAAAUGGAGGAAAAUGUAUCAAGGAUCAAGGCCUGGAAGGACCACUGGAUCGUCAACAACAAGAAGGAUUGAACGUCUUUCGCCAGCAAAGCACGAAAGCAAUUGUAACACUAUUUCGAAUAAAGAACAAGACAUCGUAGACAGCAUUGCGACCACC